AUGGACUUGGCAGAAAUUCUCUUGGCGUUGUUUAUUGUCGUGGUUGCGAUUGUCUCAUUGUUAUCGAACUUACUGGUGCUGCUAUGUUUUGUGCACAGCGCCGAGAUCCGCAGGCAAGUGCCGGGCAUAUUCACCAUGAACCUAUCUUUCUGCAACAUUCUUAUAACGAUUUUAAACAUGCCAUCAACAUUACUGGGGAUUAUAAAAAGCCAAAAGCCUUUUGGAGAUUGCGUAUGCCACACUAUAAGCUUUCUGGAGACUUUUUUGACCGCAAAUACUAUGCUGAGCAUGGCAGCUCUAAGCAUAGACAGGUGGAUCGCUGUAGUUUUCCCACUGAGUUACUCCAGUAAAAUGAGAUACAAGGAUGCGAUAAUCAUGGUGUGCUAUUCGUGGCUUCAUUCCCUCGCGUUUUCUCUGAUCUCUCUGCUUUUUUCUUGGGUUGACUAUAACCGCAUAUACGCGUCUUGCACCUUACAUUUAAACGAGGAGAGCGAAAGGAUAAAGUUCACGGUGUUCACCAUUGUGUUCCACGCAACAAGCUUCAUGCUUUCCCUCCUAAUACUGUGUUUCACAUACCUAAAGGUUUUAAAAGUAGCGCGGUUUCACUGCAAGAGGAUUGACAUAAUAACCAUGCAGACCCUGUUUUUGCUGGUUGAUAUUCACCCGAGUGUCAAACAACGUUGUCUCGCGGAGCAAAAAAGGAGGAAACAACGUGCCACCAAGAAAAUAAGCAUUUUCAUUGGAUCGUUCAUUGUCUGUUUCGCUCCUUAUGUUAUCACGAGGCUGACCGAACUCCUUCCAUUUGUGGGGAUUAACCGACACUGGGGGAUUAUGAGCAAGUGUCUGACAUACAGCAAAGCCGCAUCCGACCCCUUCGCCUACUCUCUCCUGCGGCAGCAGUACAAGAAGGUCCUGAUCAACAUAGUCAACAGGCUGCUGAAGAGGGACCUGUACCCUUCGUCUGGACACAACAGCUCUUUAGACACUGAGAACGACUACUGCCUGCAGAGGAUCAGCUAACAUAGUGCAGCAGGACCACAACACCAUGUCCUUUUACCAAGAACACUUUUUUGAGAGAGCAUUCAACACUGGAGAUUUUAAUAGAUGUGUGUCCUUCAGAGAUACUUAUCCCAGACUGUUCAAGUAAACAAGGACCCAAGAUGAGCAUCUGUGACUCACAGACCAAGCCAAAUGGAGGGAUUGUAUCAAAUCUAUUAAUGUUGCUGUGGGGCAUUAACCAGUGAGUUAAUGGAAAUGUUAGCAGGAGGAACAUGCAGCU